AUGGGAAUGUCCAGCAUGUGCAUACCACAAUGCCUGGGCAGCGCAGGCGCAGUGAGCACGGCCAACAAGCAGGUUGAAGAUGACCCAGAUGGAAUCAUUCCGACCAUGCCAGCAUCCCCUGAGACGGCGCAGGCACAUCGGCGAUGGCGAGAACCGCCACAGGACCCGCAGCAGCUCGGAGACUUCAGGAAGGCAUUGGCCGCGACAAUGGAGUCCAUCGAGCGCCAGCUGCACUGCGCGGCCGCGCUCAACCUCGAUCAAGAGCAGGUGGGCCGCAUGCAGGAAGAGUACAGCGUACUAUUGUAUCAGAUGAUGCAUUCCAGGUCGCCCCAGGCCAGAAUCACGAAGCAGCGCAUGUUUGUCGGCCGCUGCAAGAAGCGCCUCAUGGACGCCCAGGCAAAGAUGCACUUGCUACAAGAGCAAUUAGAGGUACCGCCUGGAGGGCAAGCUGCAGUGGUCAUGGCAGCAAAUGAAGUCAGCAUGCCAGCACUUUUGGCAGCAAUACAGCAGUCCAAUGCGCAAAUGCUGCACAACAUGUCAUCGUUCCAGCAGACCGUGGCUACUCUCCAGACUGAGAUUGCCAACAUCAGGACCGAGGAGAAGUCGGACAUGGAGACCAUCACCGCUGCCGCCAUCGACGCGGCCAAGACGGCAGUCGCCAUGCAGACCCCCAAGAAGGACAAGGACAAACCGGUGCCAGCAGAGAUCCAGAAGGCCAACCGAGCCAAGCUGGAGGCGGCCCUGUUGGGGCGGGGGCCAAAGUCCUACGAGCUGAUCGAGAAGGCGGAGGAACCAUGGGCGCAGGUGCAGGAGAAGUGGCAUGCCGUGAGGCAGCAGAGGAAGCGGCAGCCAGAGCUGCCGCAGAGGAUA